AUGCGAAAAUUAAAUGCGCCAAUAGACGCACUUUUACUGGAACCUAGUUCAAUCCCUCGAUCGGAAAGCGCUUUAUCUGCUACUUGUCUCGAGUACGAUCCUUCUAUGCCAAACCGUGCCAAACAAAUUCCUAGUUGGCACACGUCAAGGUAUUGUGAUGAAUUGCAACAGAAGAGCCCGAACAACAGCGGAGAGGAUAAAUGGAUAAUGUGCCAAUACGAGGCACACUUGGGCCCAGUUCACGGUCUACAUCGACACCUACAUCUGCCCAAAAUCUUUUUGACCGUUUUGGAUUGGACCACGAAUGUUAGGACCGAGGACAUUCGCGAUUCGCCCAUUUUAACUUUAAAGAAUCAAAAUGUCCAGUUACUGGACGGAGCGUGGAGUCACACACGGUCGUCCAUCAUAUUCACUGCUGCAACAGACGGUGCUCUUUACCUGUGGGAUAUUCUCGCCCAGCGGAUCACUCCUACGUUAUGCUCCCAGGUCAGCGAAUCUCCGCUUUUAAGUUUGAGCACCCAGGAACACGGAAAAAUCAUGGCAGUUGGCAGCAAAGACGGACGGUUGUCCGUCAUUCAAAUAAGCGACAAUUUGUCGACAGUAACCAAAAACGAUAAAGUAGCGCUCACCUCGGUAUGA